UUUAGCUUGCUUGCUUGCCGCUUGCUAAACUCGCUGUGCUCGCUGUUAACCUUGUCUUGUUAAAUUUAAGAAAUCCAAAAAGGAGUUUUGUAUUAAGUGUGGAUUAAGAAAGUAAAAGGAUUUUUUGUUAAGUUUCAAGUAAACUUAAAACAAACAGUAAACAUGUCUGCUGUAGCGAAACCAAAGUCAGAAAUGAGCCAAGAGGAGCUUACAAAAAGAGAAGAAGAAGAAUUCAACACAGGACCUCUUUCAGUAUUGACACAAUCAGUUAAAAAUAACACUCAGGUAUUAAUAAACUGCAGAAACAACAAAAAACUUCUGGCACGUGUGAAAGCUUUUGACAGGCAUUGCAACAUGGUGCUGGAAAACGUAAAGGAGAUGUGGACUGAAAUGCCAACUUCUGGAAAAGGAAAGAAAAAGGCUAAACCUGUGCCCAUGGACCGAUUUAUUUCCAAGAUGUUUCUUCGUGGUGACUCCGUUAUAUUAGUUCUCCGUAAUCCCCUUGCAACGGCUGCAGGGAAAUAAAGUUUUAUUGAGUGUGUUUUUUAUUGUAAAAUGAAGACAUUUUGAUUCACGACCAUGAAGUCUAUCUUGAUUUUCAUGUACUUUAAUUGUUUGGAAAAUACAAAGAUUUGAUUAAAUAAUAGAUAUAUACGAGGAUUCUCAUCAGUUUGUAAUUUGGUAAUAAAUCUUACUUUAAUUGUUGUACCAUACAAGUUGUAACAGAUAUGUACCAUUCAAAUUAGACAUCAGAACCAAUUAAUGGAUUUUUUGUAAAAAUUAAACCAAAUGCUCCCAGAUGGUGAGAACUGUGCAAUUUAUUUCCAUCAAGAAAAGAUAUCGUCUUUCUAUUCAUGAGAAAAUUAUGUAAGUUCUGAUUCUGGUUCCUUAUCUUUCUUUUGUAAGAAUAAAUGUAGUUUUUUUAA